GAGAUGACAGUCAACGGCGAACUCAACAAGCUGGGCUCCAACGUUGCCCUCGGCCGUGACUUCGCAGGGGUCCACUACCGCGCUGAUGGCGACGGUGGCAUGCUUGCCGGUGAGGACUAUGCAAUCUCCUACUUGGCAGCGAAGCUCAAGAGCUACAGAGAGGCGGAUCAGAAAUAUCACCUCUUCGAUGGAUGGGUUUUGCAGAAGUUCGAUGGGUCCGUUGUCAGGAUCACCCACAAGGGUGCCCAGAGCCUUGAUUCUCAUGAUACUUACAGCCCUCCCCGUCGCCACACCCCUAAAGAAAAGUGGCUGUGGUGGCUAAGCAAGCUGAGAGAGAUACUGAGCAAGGCAACGAAGGAUGUCAAAAAGGAUGUCUGA